CUGGGCCGCAGCACUGCGCGCGCGCUUCCUGUGAGGUCAGGUGGGAGGAAGCGGACUGGGAGCCGCGGCGAGUGGACGGCGCCGCGCCGGGGAGCCGCGCCUGCAGCCUUUGUGAGGUCUGAGGAAGGGUCAGCCCCGCAGGGACCCCGAGCUCCUGAGAGCAUGGUACGGAUCUUGGCCAAUGGGGAAAUCGUGCAGGACGAUGACCCCCGUGUCAGGACUGCUACCCCGCCACACAGUGGCACCCCGCGACAGAGCUUUCUCAAUAGGGGUCAUGGUGCACCCCUGGGGGGUCCUGGCCCCCGGCAGCAACAGGGGGGGGCCAGGCUGGGUGCUGCUCAGUCCCCCUUCAAUGACCUCAACCGGCAGCUGGUGAACAUGGGCUUCCCCCAGUGGCAUCUCGGCAACCACGCUGUGGAGCCUGUGACCUCCAUCCUGCUCCUCUUCCUGCUCAUGAUGCUCGGCGUGCGUGGACUCCUGCUGGUGGGCCUCGUCUACCUGGUGUCCCACCUGAGUCAGCGGUGACCGCUGCGGAGGGGCAGGCGUGGGUACAGGGAGUUGCUGGGCCUUGGUGGGAGAGCAGGCACACGGGGAGGGGGUCUAGUGGUGCCUUGAGGUGUUUCUAGGUAGUACUGGGCCUGCACUCAGCACAACGGCAGAGCCAGAGAGCGAUUCCCUUUCCAUUCUCUUCCAAUCCUUUCAUGCCAAGAAGGCAGCCUCCGCUCGGUGCCGGUAUGUUCUCGUGCCCCUGGAACAUAUGCUGACUGCCUCUGUUACUCGGGAGCGGGCCCUGGGCGUCGGGCAGCUGGGAGAAGUUUCCAGACUUUUAUAGCUCUGUUUCAUUUUAAUGGUAUAUUUUUAUUGGCUACCUUUUGUUCAUGACCGGUGGUAUUGGCGUUCUAUUUAUUGUGGUGGUGUUUUCAAUAAAUAAAUUUAAGUGAA